AUGAUAUCCCUCGAGGCAUUCAUUUCUAUGGGAAGAGGUGACAUGAUAUCCCAGGAGACAUUCCCUCAUCUCGGAGAUGAUGAUGUGAUAUCCCACGAGAUAUUCAUAUCUCUAGCAGGUUCUGACGUCAUAUCCGUGAGAUAUACCAUUCUGAGACCUGAUGUGGUAUACUGCGAGAUAUUCCUUUAUCUAGGAGUGUCUGACAUUAUUAUAUCCUACGAGGUAUUCCUUUCUCAAGGGCCUGGCGUGAUGUCUCACGAGAUAUUUCUUGCUCUUCGAGUUCAGUCACAUCUAUCUAUAAAAUUAAUAGAUUUUUAUUUUUUUAACUUUAAUUUUAUUACUAAAAAUGUAACUGAAAAUAUCUAUCUAUCUAUCUAUCUAUCUAUCUAUCUCAGUUCCUGUCUAUUUAGAUCUAUCUAUCUAUCUAUCUAUCUAUCUAUCUAUCUAUCUAUGCCUAUUCAUAUGAACGUCCGAGUGAAAUACCAUCGAAUGACUGUAAAAUGUGUGAUGUUUAGAUCUAUCUAUCUAUCUAUCUAUCUAUCUAUCUAUCUAUCUAUCUAUCUAUCUGUCCUGGCCUGUUCAUAUCUGUCUUGUCUAUUAUCGUAG